GGGGCCACAGUCAGGGCACCCUUUCAGCAGUGGGACACUUCAAAGGUGGUGGGCCGGCUGUUUGGGGAGGCUUAGCCUCUCCUGGCCUCUUAUACCCGCUGCCCAUGGUCCCAGUCAAAAUCCAUCCAGGUUUGGGUGAGUUAUCAGCCACAGAGCAUCACCAUUUGCACACCAGAAGAACAUGUCCAAAACUUGUCACUCAACAUUCCCAGUUGCACUUCGCAUGCAGCCAAGUCUCCGCUGACUUCUGUCAAUAGUAAGCCCUUUCAUAGACCUUGCACAGCUGAGAGGUUUCACAAAGUCACGUUGGACAGAGCUGGGAAAGAAAACAGAUCUUUAGUAAGGGAGCCUCCAGUCUUGUUCAACAGUCCUGCCUCUCAGAUGGACCCUGCCAAAUCUAUGUGUGUGCAUAUGCUGUCUGUAAAAUUAGGCAAUUCCUGCAUAUCAAACCCAUUUCUCUGUAGGCACUGGGCCAAUGGGUAUAAUAAGCUACUACUAUAGGUAGCAAGUGAAGUACUGGAGUUUAACAGCUACCAGUAAAAUGCUAACUUCCUCUACUAGUUCAAGUGGUAGAGGGCUCUGAAGUGGAUUAGGCAGUUGUGGGUUCAAAAUCUGCUGGUGGUGCUGUGGAGAAUUCUUUCUGUUACAUGUAACAAUUGAUAUAUGUGUAUUCUUUUUAGAAAUCCCUUGGAAAUGCCAUUCAAAACCGUGCAUUAAGGAUAAAAUUUUCAAUGUUACUAAUGUAGCACUCUAAAGUACUUUUAUGGGCCACAUUACUGUAGCAUCGGAACGUCUCCCAGUGUGCAGUGUUUAUGCUCAUAAUGCCACAGAGAGGUAUUAUUCCCAUUGCACCAAUGGGAAACUGAGGCACAGAGAGACUCAGGCACAGAUCCACCAAGGGACUUGGGCAAUGGUGAGUGUUUUAGAUACCUCAUCACCCAGUGGCAUCUGCAGCCCCAGUAAGAGUAUAGUGAGAGUUUCGACACCUAAGAAUGGGAUCCACAAAGGAAGCACACUAAGCAGGGAGCCACCUAAGCGAGCCAAUGGGAGAUGCCGAGAAGGAAGGUGGGGCCUAAGUCCCUCCCCUCUCAGGGGCUGGGCCAGAGGGAGGCACUUCCCUCUGCUUGUUGUUCUCAGCUGUGACCCCUCUCCUGGAGUUAGGCACCAAAGCCAUUUUGCAAGGAAUUCUGGGAGGUGGGGCGGAAUGAAGAGGGAAGCGCACCCCUAUCCCAAUGGCUAGGGUGCUUCCCUGUGACGUGUGACAUGGGAGACCCCAGUUUAAUUCCCUUUCCCUCCCCAGCUGUUUUGUGUGGCCUUGGGCAUGCUCUGAUUAUGCCACCCAGGCAAGGAAGACAGGACAAUGCCGAGCUAGGGUAUCCUGCUGUGGCUUUGCUGUGAGAUGGGCGCCAGUCACUGGGACUCAGGUAGCAAGUCACAAGCCCCGUGGCUGAAACUUAGGCGCUUUGGGGACAUUAGUGGGGAAAAUUUUGGUGUCUAGUGGCUUUUAGGUGCCUCCAGAGUUAGUUGGCAGCUGAUCAGGGGUUCUGAGAUCUCAGUGGCUUCUAAAGGUCAGGCUUAGGGGCCUGACAUGGCAGGUAGGUGUCUAAAUCCUUUUGUGGGUCUGGGCCUAAGUGACUUGCCCAAUACAUAGGAAGUCUUUGGUGGAGCAGGGUCUUGAACCUAGCUUUCCCCUAGGCUAGUGCCCCAACCACUAAGGAGGGUUAAUUGAAUUUCUAUGGGAGUUGGGCACCUAAAUCCCUUGCACCUUUUGAAAAUCCCAGUCUCUGAUGUGCUCUUGGGAAGAAAUGUUAAUACUGCCUAGGAGACGAUGCCAAAAUCCUUUACCAGGUUUGGAAAGUGCCACCCAGAAUGUCUAGGAGAGGCAAGCACAGGGUAUAUGUCUCAGAACCGGAGAGAAAAUUGCAGCUGCCACUCACAAAAUGACGGAUUCCUUGAAACGUAAAGGUGCAGCACAUGGAGAAAAAAAGAAUAAUGGUGAUGCUGGUGGAGAAAGACAGAUAUGGGCUAAUUCAAACUAAAUCCCAUUCUUCACAUCACUUUCUGCUUCUAUUCCCUGUGUGUGGUUCCCCCCAAACCCUUAGCAGACCCCGUAGGCACCCUCCAUAGAUCAUUGGAUCCCAGAUAGCUGGGUCAAUGAAACCCCUCUGAACCCAGGCCCCACAUCCAUGGAGCUUCUGUUAACCCAACUUUGGUUACACAGCAACCUCAGUGGGCUUUUAAAGGACUAAGGGCCUCACCCACAGAUUCCCCGAGCAAUGUGGUAGAUUCUCCAUUCCUUGACAUCUUGUAUAGUGACUUGCUAAAUGAUACGCUAUAGGUGAAACCCAAAUGAUAGGACUGGCUGCAGAAGUCAGUGGGUGGAGCUCUCUGGAUAGUGUUCUGCAGAUCAGACUAAAUGGUCUGAUGGUCCCUCCUGGCCUUGAAAUCUAUGGCCUGGUCUACACUAUGACUAAUUUGGAUUUAGCAGCGUUAAAUCGAAUUAACCCUGCACCCGUCCACACAAUGAAGCCAUUUAUUUCGAAAUAAAGGGCUCUUAAAAUUGAUUUCUGUACUCCACCCUGACGAGCGGAGUAGCGCCAAAAUCAAUAUUGUCAUUUCGAAUUAGGGUUUGUGUGGCCACAAUUCAAUGGUAUUGGCCUCUGGUAGCAAUCCCACAGUGCACCAUUGUGACCGCUCUGGACAGCAGUCUGAACUCGGAUGGACUGGACAGGUAGACAGGAAAAGCCCCGCGAACAUUUGAAUUUUAUUUCCUGUUUGCCCAGCGUGGAGAGCACAGGUGACUGCAGAUAGCUCAUCAGCAUAGGUAAACAUGCAGGCCAAUAAUCAAAAAAGAGCACCAGCGUGGACCGUACGGGAGGUACUGGAUCUGAUCACUAUAUGGGGAGAGGAUUCAGUGCUAGCAGAACUUCGUUUGAAAAGACGAAAUGCCAAAACUUUUGAAAAAAUCUCCAAGGGCAUGAUGGAGAGAGGCCACAAUAGGGACUCAGAUCAGUGCCGUGUGAAAGUCAAGGAGCUCAGACAAACCUAUCAAAAAACAAAGGAGGCAAACGGUCACUCAGGGUCAGCGCUGCGGACAUGCCGCUUCUACGCUGAGCUGAAUGCAGUUCUAGGGGGGGCCACAACCACUACCCCACCUCUGGCCGUGGAUUCCGAGGCGGGGGUAAUCUCAUCAGCUACACCUGAGGAUUCUGUGGAUGGGGAAGAGGAGGAGGAGGAUGAGCUUGCGGAGAGCACACAGCACUCCAUUCUCCCCAACAGCCAGGAUCUUUUUCUCAGCCUGACUGAAGUACCCUCCCAACCCUCCCAAGCCAGUAUCCAAGACCAUGACCCCAUGGAAGGGACCUCAGCAGCUGCAAAUUUUUCAAGCCUCCCUCCUCCGUCCCGAAGGCUAUCUCAGAUAAGGCGUCGGAAAAAGAAGACACGAGAUGAGAUGUUCACGGAAAUCAUGGAAUCCACCCGCAGUGAAAGAGCUCAUCUGAAUGAGUGGAAGGACACGGUUUCAAAGUAUAGGAAAGAAGCCAGUGAACGUGAGGACAGGAGGGACCAAUGUGAGGACAUGAGGGACCAACGUGAGGAGAGGACAGACGCUCGAGAUGAGAGGUGGUGGCAGGAAAAUCAGAGGAGGCAGGAUGCAACGCUGGGGCUGCUGCGUGAGCAAACAGAUAUGCUCCAGCGUCUGGUGGAGCUUCAGGAACGGCAGCAGGAUAACAGAGUGCCGCUACAGCCCUGUAUAACUCCCUUCCCCCCUCACCAUGUUCCAUAGCCUCCUCACCCAGACAUGUAAGAACGCGGCGGGGGAAGGCUCCAUACACCCUCCCAUUCCACCCCAGUGGACAGCCCAAGCAAAAGGCUGUAAUUUUUUUAACCUUUUUUUAGUGGCCUUUUCCUUCCCGCCGAUCCUUCUCCCAAACCCCACCCAGG